UAAUAAUGUAUGCUCUUGUAAUUAUAAAUACUGCUCUUUAGUAUUAGAAAACGGAAAUAUCUAUCUGUUAUUUUUGUCAUUAUCAAAUAAGUUAAUGUAGUAAUUUCAAGAAGUUUAAAAAGAAAUGACCUUCAUUGAAUAUGUACAGACUUUGUCAGAUAAUCCGUACUUUGGUGCUGGGUUCGGUUUGUUUGGAUUAGGUGCUGGAGCAGCAGUGCUACGGAAAGGUUUACAAGCUGGUUUGAUACUCUUCAGACGGCAUUACAUGAUAACACUUGAAGUACCAUGUAGAGAUAAAAGCUACGAAUGGCUCCUGAAGUGGAUUACGUACAAAGGUGCUAAGAAAACGCAACAUUUAGCCGUAUCAACAAGUUUUGAACAAAGUGAUACAGGAUACGUUUCAACAAGAUAUGAGUUUAUACCAAGUAUUGGUACACAUUUUUUUAGGUACAAUAAGAAUUGGAUAAAAGUUCAGAGAACGAGGGAACAGCAAAUGCAUGAUGUAAAUUUAGGAAUGGCGUUUGAAUCGGUUCAUCUCACUGCUUUUGGAAAGGAUAGAAAUAUUUAUUUUCAAAUUCUGGAAGAGGCUAGACAAAUGGCUCUGGCUGAACAUAAAGGAAAAACCAUUAUGUACGUAGCAAUGGGACACGAAUGGCGACAAUUCGGGCAUCCAAAGAAGCUAAGACCACUAGAGAGUGUAAUACUCGAUACUGGUAUCGGUGAAAAAAUAGUAAAAGAUUGUAAAGAAUUUAUUGAAAAUGUAGCAUGGUAUAGCGAUAGAGGAAUUCCGUAUCGAAGAGGCUAUUUAUUACAUGGACCUCCUGGCUGUGGAAAAUCUUCAUUUAUUACUGCUUUGGCUGGUAAUUUAGAUCGUGGAAUUUGUGUAUUAAAUUUGUCCGAUCGACUUCUUUCGGAUGACAGAUUAAAUCACUUAUUAGCAAUUGCUCCGCAACAAACGAUCAUUCUUCUCGAGGACAUUGAUGCUGUAUUUGUUAGCAGAGAAGAGACAAAAGAAGUCAAAGCGGCGUAUCAGGGAUUGAACAGCGUUACAUUAAGCGGUUUAUUAAACGCUUUAGAUGGAGUUGCAUCAUCCGAAGGCAGAAUUCUAUUUAUGACCACUAAUUAUUUGGAUCGACUAGAUCCGGCUCUCAUUAGACCUGGUAGAGUGGAUUAUAAGGAAUAUAUUGGAUGGUGCAGUUAUAUUCAGCUUGAACAAAUGUUUCUUAGAUUUUAUAGGAUGCAUGAUGCAGAAACUGAAAAAUUGUCAAAAAAGUUUGCUGAAUGCAUUCUAUCAUAUAAUCGUAAUGUGAGUCCAGCUCAAAUUCAAGGCUUUCUUUUAUUCUUUAAAAACGAACCAAAAACUGUUGUAAAUAAUGUGUCGAAAAUUUGGGAACUUAUGUAGGAUAUGUUAAAGGUUAUAUUAGCAUUGAAUUGUAAAGAAUAAAAUUA